AAAGAUUGUGAAUUUUGUUAUUGAGAUCUGUGCAGGAAUAUUUCAUCUGUGUAAUAAGUGCAUUAGUUUUCUUUCUUCAUGAAAAUCUUGAUAAUGUUGCUUGCAUGACAGAUAUAAUAUGUUGUCACUUAACUUUUUUGGCAGCCGAGUUUACACCUGCUGACUUUUGAUUAUAAUUCUUGUUACCCAUGAUUCCUCAUUCAAGAUGUCAGUUUCCUAGGAUAGAGAAAACAGUUUUGUGUGGCUUGCAGGAAAAAACUUGAUUGUGUAUAUGGAACAGACUGCUUCUAAUUCUUCAAAUAACAGUCCAGAAGACAUGGAUCUAGGGGGACUAAGUCUCGAAGAAUUUAUUGCCAGUGGUAGGACUGGCCGACGAAAUGCCAUGCCUGAUAUUCUCGACUCAGAUAGGGCAGGAGUUGGCACAGGGGGUCUAGCUGAAGGAAUGGAGAAACUUAAUUGCUCAGAUGGAAGCAAAGGUGGAGAUCCUUCCCAGAAUACCCAGAAUCCCUCAUCCAGUCAGGGCUCCUAGCAGUAGCUAAAAUAUUCCUCAUACAUCAUGUGAUAGUCAUGUGACAUUCUAUGGCAAUAGAUGAUUGGCUAGUCAGCUGUAGUUGUAUUACUGACUAUUGAAAUUGCUGAUUGGUUGUUACAUAACAUGUGAUAAUAACACUGAUGCUGAUUAGUCAAUUUGAAUUUUUGUGUGAUGCAAGACAAUUUUUGAUUGGUUGCUAUAUUUUAUUUAUUUGUGACAUGUGUACAAAUAUGGAUUUGAUCUGUGGUGUAUCUUUGUGUUUUAGCUUAUGGUAUGUUUGACAAGAUGUCAGUUUUUGUCUGAUUCUUGUACUUA